CACCCUUCUCACAGAAUCGUAGUAUAUGCGUGUGUAUACACGUAUUGUUUACGAUUUAAAUUUACAUUAAAUAACUGUAUGAUCAAGAAUUAUUUAUAACAUUUAUGAAUAAUAGUGUAUCAAUCUAACUGUAAGUUAUCUCAAUUUUAUGAAUAAUAUUUUUGAAAUGUUCUGAUCGAAUAUUCAGAAUUUGGUACAAAACCUAACCUAACAAGUAGACUAUUUUCACAUUGAAAUCGUUAUAAGAUCUGUAAAAAUUACAAUGGCAUCGGCAUGUAUGGUUAUAAGUCGUAAAAUCUCCACAUCGUCUGUUUGUUAUGGGAAACGAAAUUUUCGAAAAUUUUUGCUUUAUAAUAAGCGAGGCCUACGUGAAUUUAAACAAAAACAGGCGACUGAUCCAAAUUUUGAGAUGCCGUUUGAUAAAAGGGGUGUAAGAGAUAUAUAUAUAACAGAUGGAGACGACAGAGUCAUUGUUCCAGAAAAAAUACCAGAGAUUAUUGUACCUUCAUUAAAAGACUUUCAUCUAAAACCGUAUGUUUCCUACAGAGCUGGCGAAAUUGAACAACGUCCAUUUACAGCAAAAGAUUUGUUUGACUUUGUGUAUGCUGAUAAAAUUAAAAAAGAUUUCGAAACUGGUCAGUUAGGACCAGAUGGCGAACCAUUAAAUCCUAGCAAAUAUGAAAGUAUGACACCUGAAGAAGCUAGACUACAAGCUGAAAAAACUGGCACAGAUCUUUUUACAAUGGAGAUAGAAAAAGCUUAGAUUGUGUUCAAUAUUAAAAUUAAUGUAAACAUAAAAUAAACAAAAAAAUGAUGAUUAAAAUUAA